AUGGUACACAAGUGCUAUUCGCAGAACUCAUCCAAGGACUCCCUGGCCAGCUACGGCGCCCGACAGGAUGACCUGCUUUCGUUUCUUACAGCGGACCAGGAUGAUCUGUUGGCGAAUCGGUUGGGUACCGUCAUCGGGGCGUUUGGAAACACCCUCUCGCAGUUGCUGUUCGGCACGAAUGACGUCAGCACGGACGUCACCUUCUGGUGUGCGACCAACAAUCAACCGGAGUACGUGCAAGCGUACGUGGAUGAUCCACGGUUGGCGGAGAAGCUGGACCCAUCGAAACCGAUCGUCUUCCUGACGCACGGUUGGACCGACAACGUGAAUCGUACGUGGGUGAAGCAGACGGUGGCCGACUACCUUCGGCUGAUCGGUGGCAACAUCUGCGCCGUGGACUGGAGUCCGCUCGCGCUCGUUGAGUACAACCUGGCCGCACGGAACACGCCCAAGGUUGGCCGGUACCUCGGCAAGUUCGUGCAGAGCGUGCUGAAGAGGAGCUUCAGCAUCGAGCAGGUGACGCUGGUGGGGCACAGCAUGGGUGCGCACAUCUCUGGCAUCGCCGGUGCCUACCUGGGCGGACAGGUGCCGGUCAUUAUCGGGCUGGACCCGGCCGGACCGGGCUUCACCAAGCCGAUUCCGGUGUCGACCGACCGGCGGCUGGACCGGACCGACGCCCGUUUCGUGCAGGCGAUACACACCGACAAGAACAUCAUCGGCACGACGAUGAACGUCGGCCACCAGGACUACUACGCGAACAGCGGUGGAAGUCCACAGCCCGGCUGCGAGUUCCCACUGGUCAACAACGACACUACCAAGUCCUACCUUCAGUUCAUCUGCAGCCACUUCAAGGCGGUCGAGUACUUCCGGGCUUCGCUAGAUCGGCAGAACAUCUUCGAGGGUACGGCGUGCUCGUCCUACUAUAACUUCAAGCGGAACGACUGCUCCGCCGGUACCAAAGACGACUUCGGCCUGUUCAACAACGGAUCAGCGUCCGGAUCGCUGUUCAUUGCAAUCGACAAGACGGUCUACCCGUACGCCCGAACAGUGGCUAGGAAUGCAAGGAAAUAA